AUGAAGGGUGUCAGGAGGGAAGCCCCUUCUGCGGAGCUGGGAUUGCCGGGGGACAAUAAGCAGCUGCGAGGACCCUCGGAGGAUGAGGAGCCGCCUCCUCAGGGAAUACCGGGAGGUGGAGGACACGGCCCCGCCCCCUCAGGGGAUGGGCGCGAGCGGCAGUUGGGAUGGUGGCAGGAGGACACCGGUGGUCCAACCCUUGCUAUUCUCUCGAGAACCCGGCCUCCCAACCACGGCCAAGCUCCAGCCCCAGCGGCUCCUACCUUCUCCCGGCGCUCCGGGCUCUGUUCCCCGCCGCCUCCGCCACCCGCUCCCAUCCACAGCCCCCUGAAGCCCCGCCCCCAACCGCCAGGCGGGGGCACUGGCAUUCACCAGGGCCAAUCGCCGCCUCGCCUUUCUAGCCCCGGCACCAAUCCGCGCCGGCUGGGGGAGGGGCUUCUCCAGUGUCAUUUAGGCUCCUCCCGGGGCCCCAGGAUCCCUUUUGUUUGGGGAGAGCCAAGCUGGGAUUGA